ACGUCCCCCUUUUCCGCAGGCUUGGCUACCAUGAUGGUAAAGCAGUACUACUAUCUGUUCCAUUUUUUUGUUGUGCCGUGUAGCGACAAUCCUUACCAUUUAGAGUCCUUGGUUCAGCCAUUGUCUGUGUGCUAGCCAAAAUACUAGUUCACAAAAAAGUAACUAAUUCUACUUCAAUCAAGACCCACAGGAAUUUCCACAGACCCGUUUUAAGGAUUUUACGACUCAACCAUGAGCAAGAGAAAGGCCCCGCAAGAAUCUCUAAACGAGGGAAUAACAGACUUCCUUGUGGAGCUGGCCAACUACGAGAAGAACGUCAACAGGGCAAUUCACAAGUACAAUGCUUACAGGAAAGCAGCUUCGACUAUUGCCAAAUAUCCUAACAAGAUCAAAAGUGGCGAAGAAGCCAAGAAACUGGAUGGAGUGGGUGCUAAAAUAGCUGAAAAGAUUGAUGAGUUCCUAAAAACCGGAACACUACGGAAAUUAGAAAAAAUUCGAAAUGACGACACCAGUUCUUCUAUCAAUUUUCUCACAAGAGUAACCGGAAUUGGCCCAGCAGCUGCCAGGAAGUUUUUUGAAGAAGGCGUGAAGAGUCUUGAAGAUUUGAAGAAGAUCGAACACAAGCUUAAUCACCAUCAACAGAUUGGACUCAAGUAUUUUGAGGAGUUUGAGAAAAGGAUUCCACGAGCUGAGAUGGAAAAGAUGGAGACGCUUAUUCUCGGAGAGUUGGAGAAGAUUAAUACAGAAUACAUAGGAACAAUCUGUGGAAGUUACAGGAGAGGAGCUGCCUCCAGUGGUGAUAUUGAUAUCUUGCUGACCCACCCAGACUUCACCUCUCAGACCGAGAAGCAACCUAAGCUUCUUCAUGCUGUGGUGGACCAUUUGGAGUCUAUAGGAUUUGUGACUGACACUCUGUCCAAAGGGGACACCAAGUUUAUGGGUGUCUGCCAGUUGCAGCAAAGUGAUGAAGACGAAGAUGAAGAAGAAUACCUUCACAGGCGCAUUGAUAUCAGGUUAAUCCCUAAGGACCAGUACUACUGUGGUGUUUUGUAUUUCACUGGGAGUGAUAUCUUCAAUAAAAACAUGAGAACCCAUGCUGUGGAGAAAGGCUUCACGCUCAACGAGUACACCAUAAGACCACUAGGGGUCACCGGUGUGGCAGGAGAGCCUCUGUUGGUGGAUAGUGAAAAAGACAUCUUUGAUUACAUCCAGUACAAAUACAAGGAGCCUAAGGACCGGAGUGAAUGAAGACAAAGAACGUUUUUAGGCCUUGAAACAUAUUUACGACUGUGUGUAACAGCCUGCAUAGGUGAAGUGUACUUGAGGCGUUUUUGUGCGUAUGUCAUGUACAGUGUUUUUGUCAUCAUGUUUUUCGGUCAUCAAAGUUUUGUGCGCUUUCAAAGUUGUUUUUAAAUCAUAUUUAACAGGUGUGCAAAGACACAGCUACGACUUGUGACUCACCAGUCUUGAAGGAGGCUGGCCCUUGUCUAUCUGCGUAGUAGUGAAUAGUUCUUAAUGUACUUCUUAAACAGGAAAUCAUUAGACCUUGGGGGGGGGGGUCACUUUUAAAAUGAGCGUAUCAAAGUCAUUGUGUGAGUGUGUGUGUGUGUUUUUUUGUUUUUUUUUUUGGUAUAAUAGACAACUGAGGGUGGCAUUGUUAUGCGAAAUAAGAUAAUUGUUUCACAGAGACUUGAGAAUAAUGUAGUAUAGUUUGUUUUUUCUGUAUAUUUUAUUUUGGGGCCAUUUGUUGAUAACUGUUAGCUUGCUGACUGUUGAAACGCAGCAGUUUUUAAUUGAUUAUGAGGGACAAUUGUGGAAAAAUUGAACAUAUUUGAAUUCAGACAUUUCUGAAUGCAAAUAAAACUUUCUGAAGUAGACUACUUUGCCUC